AAGCCCUGGUUUGGCCUUGGAUUCCGCCUUGGGGGAAUGUCCGGUACGAGCGAGUGAAGACAUCCUGGGGCCAGCGGGUUUGAGUUAUCGCCCCUUAUCUAUCAGCAGAAUCCGGCAAGGAAACGCCUGCGAACCGGGGAGGAAGGAAGCUCGACCGCCCAAGAAAAGAGUGAGCGGGCAGGCAGCCGCGGGGCAGAACCGAGCUGUGUGCAGGGUCCUUACAGGCCGGUCCGGCUCGGUGCCGCUCCCGUCGAGGCCAUGCUGCAGGGGGAGCUUCGAGCGAUCCCGGGGUGAGGGGAGCAGCUCUGCCGGGGAUUCCACCGCGGAAGAACUGGGUGGAUGCACGGUAGAGAGGAAAGAAUGCUGCCCGCACUGCUCCCCGGUAGCAUCUUGAGCGGCCGCAUUUGUGGCGGCAGCAGCAGCAGCAGCAGCAGAAAGCACAGCGUGGGCCAAGGAGGCGGUUCGAGCUGCUGAAUAAGUCACCCAACGGCUGUUUUUCCGUAGUAUGCGAGUCGACAGAACAGCCAAAGAACAGGGCUCCCCAUAACAGUCUCCUUCGAGCUCUCUUCCCUUGCUACUCAGAGCUGAUUUAUGCGAAAACAUGCCUUGCACUUGCACCUGGAGGAACUGGAGACAGUGGAUUCGACCUUUAGCGGUGGUCAUCUACCUGGUGUCCAUAGUGGUUGCCGUUCCCCUAUGCGUGUGGAAAUUACAGAAACUGGAGGUUGGAAUACACACCAAGGCUUGGUUUAUUGCUUUAAUCUUUUUGCUGUUGACUAUACCUAUAUCGCUUUGGGGAAUAUUGCAACAUUUAGUGCAUUAUACACAGCCGGAACUACAGAAACCAAUAAUAAGGAUUCUUUGGAUGGUACCCAUAUACAGUUUAGAUAGUUGGAUAGCUUUGAAAUAUCCCAGCAUUGCAAUAUAUGUGGAUACCUGCAGAGAAUGUUAUGAAGCUUAUGUCAUUUACAAUUUUAUGGGAUUCCUUACCAAUUAUCUAACUAACCGGUAUCCAAAUCUGGUAUUAAUCCUUGAAGCCAAAGAUCAGCAGAAACAUUUACCUCCUUUAUGUUGCUGUCCACCAUGGACUAUGGGAGAAGUAUUGCUGUUUAGAUGCAAACUGGGUGUAUUGCAGUAUACAGUUGUCAGACCAUUCACCACCAUCUUUGCUUUAAUCUGUGAGAUGCUUCAUAUAUAUGAUGAAGGGAACUUCAGCUUUUCAAAUGCUUGGACUUACUUGGUUAUAAUAAACAAUAUGUCACAGUUGUUUGCCAUGUAUUGUCUCCUGCUAUUUUACAAAGUACUGAAGGAAGAACUGAGUCCAAUCCAACCUGUUGGCAAAUUUCUUUGUGUAAAACUGGUGGUUUUUGUUUCUUUUUGGCAAGCAGUAGUUAUUGCUUUGUUGGUAAAAGUUGGCGUUAUUUCUGAAAAGCAUACAUGGGAAUGGCAAACCGUAGAAGCUGUGGCCACAGGACUCCAGGACUUUAUUAUCUGUAUUGAGAUGUUCCUUGCUGCCAUUGCUCAUCACUACACUUUCUCGUAUAAACCGUAUGUCCAAGAAGCAGAAGAGGGCUCAUGCUUUGAUUCCUUCCUUGCCAUGUGGGAUAUUUCAGAUAUUAGGGAUGAUAUUUCUGAACAAGUGAGGCAUGUUGGAAGGACAGUCAUGGGACAUCCUAGGAAAAAGUUUUUUCCUGAGGAUCAAGAUCAAAAUGAACAUACAAGCUUGUUAUCAUCAUCAUCGCAAGAUGCAACUUCUGUUGCCUCUUCUGUGCCACCUUCACCCAUGGGUCACUAUCAAGGGUUUGGACACACCGUGACUCCCCAGACUACACCUACUACAGUUAAUGUAUCUGAUGAAAUAUGUAAUUAUACUACAGGAGUGAAAAAAGAACCUUCAGAUAUUUCCAUGGCCUCCUGAACAGUGUGCAAAAGCAGACUGUGCUGCCGCCGUGUUAUUUCGUCACCUGGUAUCCCACUGCUCAGGAUUUUGUGCUUGGGACAAGCCAUUAAUGGUGGAAAAUUUCAACACAAAGAUAGGCGAAGACCAGGUACAACUACUGGAUUUAUACAACUAAGUUUUGUAUAUCACAAAUAAUCAGUCUAAAUAUCCUAGACUUAGACUUGAUUUCUUAACACUACAUAGAGUAUCACAUACUCAAAUGGUAGAAAAUGACUACUAAAUUUUACUGAUGUUAACAAUGCUUUAGCAAGAUGAUAGACAUAAAAAAAAAAACACAAAAAAACCAAAAAACAAUCAAUGCUUCCUACCACUGCUGCAUGGAUAUAAUGCUCUGGAAUAAGCAGGAAGUGUAAUUCAGAAAUAUGAAUUAGUGGAACUUAAUCAUAAUCAUGUGCCAUAUAUGCUUCCUAACAAUUAUUUCUGUUUCUCAACUGGAUGUCUUUCGAUAAAUUAGAAUUUAUCAUUUAUUUUCUGUAACUUUUUAUGUCUCUCAUUCUUUAAAUGUAGACCCUUAAUUUUUUAACAAAAAGUUCUUGAUUAGAGAGAGACAGCAGAAAAAAAUUAAGUCCCAAAAUUUAAAGGGUUGAAAAUUAUAUACCUACAAUGAAAGAUGACUGUAUUUUACAUCCCUACUAGGAGAAAUAUCUAAGACCUAAUAUUAUUAAUCUUAAAACAACUACUAUCAAAAAAUCAUAUUUGCAGCCAUGCUAAUAGAUUAAUAGAUUAUCUGUGACUUUGAGAUAAAAAUAAUAAAAUGGACAGAAGACAUGAGAUAGAAACCCAGUCUGCUUUUCCUCAGUGCCAUUAAAGUUGUCAGCAAGUGUAAACUAUAGUCUUAAUUCAACAGACAACAGUCAGAAGACUUGUAGGUGCUGUUGGGGAGAAAUUUAUUAAUUGGGAUGGAGUUCCCCUAAUUGCUAAUCAUAACCCAUUGGGUCUAACAUUUACACUGAAAAUAAAGUGCCAGAGUAGUAUGUUGCAAACAGCAAAGAUAAGUAUUACUUCUCAAAACCUUUGCUUUGUAUAUUUAAGCACAUAUAUAUCUAAUGCGUAUAUACAUGCAUACUGGUUCAUGGUAAUUAGGUACAAAGUUUUUACUCUGUCCAUUCUUAUAAACUAAACAAUUUUACCGACAGUAAAGGUGGGCAGUAUAAUAUUAGAGGCAAGGAGAACAGGCAGUUUGGAGAGAAGAUACAUCUAACUUCCUGUGUAGUUCACUUAACGUAACAGCACGCAGUGUAUACAAGGCAUGAUGAUCUUACUUAUUAAUCUUGCUACUUCAGGUCUUUAAAAUUUGGACUAAUUUUUUUUUUCUUACUGUGCAUCCAGAUCAAAACUUUGAAAAAUACUGGUUUAGGUUUAACUCUUUCUUGAAUUUAUCAGCUUUUUAAUUUUUCUUUGCCAGUAGCCCAGGAAAAAUGCUACCCGCUCAGAUUUUACUUUGUCCCUCUUAUACUCUUUUACUUAGAUUUAGUCUACAGCUUCAAUUCUUACUCAAGUUUGCAUUCCCAAAACAUGAAAACUGAGAAGGUGGUUCAGAAGUAUUUCAAGUAUUUAAAAGAAGCAAGCUUGGAAUUUACAGAUAACCAUAGCCCUCAGUCUUCAGUGAAGCCAACUUUUUGAUGUAUCCCAACUAUAAGUUUGGAUUUAAGGGAGAAAAAUCCAAGAUGCCUAAAAAAUGACGAUGAGAUUCAAAAUCCCUAAUCUUUAUAGGUUAAGAGUGUAGACUCACAGGUUUGGCAAAAUUUAAUCUGUAGUAAGUAAAACCAAGCAAUAAAAACAGGUUCCUAAUUUGAAAAAUUAAUGACAGCCUUUUCCAGAAAGGAAGUCUGCAGCAAUAUUUUUGUAAUAAUGCCACUUUUAAAUUUCAGAUCUUUUAAAUACACUUUAUUAAUGUCCAUUUUAAAAAACAUUCGACCAUUACAAGGAAUUAAAUCUUCAUAACUCCAUUUUAUGAUUACAAUCCCACGACUCAUUCAGACUAGAAGAAUUGUGAACUUGCUGCUCUAUUUCCACAUUUUUUCAUUGGAAAACUGCUCUUCAUUGCUUCACUGUGAUGCUGACAUUGCUUUUGUGGUGCUGGACGUUGAGUACAAGUUCAUCUCCCAUUUCCACCUGGAUGGGGUUGUCUAAAACAACUGCAGCUUGUUUCCAGUGGGAGGCUUCACUCGAAGUAUCCAACCUAAUCUCAUCAUCAAGGUACAGAUGAUACCAAAAUGGAAUGGCAGUCACUUGUCCAGAUUUACAAAUGCGUACCUAUUAAAUUAAACCACGAAAACUUCA